AUCGCCAUUCACCAGUUUUCGCAGGGACUGCGCACGAGUCAGGUGUUACAAAAAAGUGCCGCUCAAGUGUCUUUCGUUAAUUGGGAAUGUCACCCAAGACCAUUCAACUCUAUCUGUAUUGUAAAAUGCCAUAUACCACUACUGUCUUCAAGAUGACGUGUGUAAUAAUUUUGGCUGCUGCAGUUUAUCUUCAGUGCAGCCUGUGGCUCAAGUUGGCAACAAGAGAAAAUUACGAAUACAGAAAUACCAAACAAAAGAGGGUAUCUAUUUCAAAUAUACCUAUGGGUCGACAUACACCUCCAGUUCUCUCCAAUCAUUGUUAUAGAUAUGGAAAACUCGCUGCUGUAAACCAGUGUUGCAGAAUGUAUGAUUACGGCAUCAACAACAGGCAGAACAUUUUGGAAUGUGCUGCCAGAAGUCCGGCUUGGUUUGAUUCCAACCGAGGAUUGAAGACUUCAAAACUACACUGGAUGUUUGUUGGCGACUCUCACAUCAGAAACCUUUAUGAUGUUUUAAUUAGGAGGCUAAAGAGUCCUUUGCUCGUCUAUCGAAAAAAGUCGUACAGGGAGGGUCUGUGGCGAAAAAUGGAUACAUUACUCCUGGCGAAAUAUCAAGGAAUUCCAGUCUUAGUAAAACACUUGAAAGCACCUUUACUACUUACUUUUACUUGGAGCCCAUUACUUGAAUUGUUGCCAAAUCUAACUAAAGAAUGGCUGAAUGAUGAGGAAACUCCACCUACACUUGUCGUUAUGGGAUCAGCACUUCACUGGACCCAUAAAACUUGGGAUAUUUAUAAAAAUAUUGGAGCUGAAGAAGCAGCAGAACUAUACAAGGAAUAUAUUUCAUCGCUCUCUGAUCCGGCUAAUAAAAAAAAACUUAUCCAAAGGAGAAUGUCCGUUGUUUUCAAGUUACUUGAUCAUCUACCCGCAUCGUCAAAUAACAUCACAAAUAUUGACACAUACAAUCGAAUUGCCUCUGAAGUCUUACCAGCAGAAGUAGUAGUUUGGAGCAGUACCAUCCCACUUUCAGAUUUAUAUGUUAAAGAAUGUGAAAGAAAGAAAAGAGAUACUCCAGAAACCAAACUCUGGAGAUGUAAAGAUGAAAAGCAUACUGGAUACGUAGUUAUUCAAAGGUAUGUUGAUAUGCUUCUCAAUUAUGGCUGUAAUCACAUCCUUAACUUGGAAAGCCCCUAUUGUCGACAUGAAUGA